GCACAUGUCUGUGUGUGCUUUAAUACCUCAGCUGCUUAUCUGAGCACUGUGCCCAUGAGCUGCCAAGCUGAAGGAAACCGAGGGAGAGAACCCAGCCAGAGUUUGCUGGCUGCCUAGGCGGUGCCCUCUCUCUGUAGGAUUCUUACUCAGCAUGGCUAGAGGCCUGUGCAAUUAGCCAGAUUGGCUGGGAGAGUUUCUAAAAUGGAUGCACUCGUGCUGCUGCCAGAGAGAGCCUUCGAGAGCUCCAGUCUACCUGCGACCGCAGGGCUGCCUCUGCCCAGCUCCAGCCUCGUACCCGUUUGCUGUGUCUGUGUAACAAAGGACCACAGCCUCUGGGGCUUAAGUAACACGUGGACUGUCUUGGAGUCCUGGAGGCUAAAACUGAUAUCAAGGUGUCCACAGGGCUGGUUCUUCAGAGAGCUUGGAGGGUGAAUGUGUUCCAGGCCGUUCUGUAGCUUUGGCGGUUUGCUGGCGGUCUUUGCCAUUCCUCGGUGCCGUCGCUGUCAUGUGCUGCUCUCCCUGUGUCUCUCCAUGUGGUCUCUCCGCUCUGCAUGUUUCUGUGCAAGCUUCCCCAUUAGAAGGACUCCAGCAUGACCUCAUCCUGUAUAUGGCCCAGAUGGGUUUCCGCCAUCCUCCUUUCUUAUGGGGCCUGGUCAAGCCCCUCAGAUCCCCCCUGGUGAGGAGCAGCGUGAGCCUCCUGGUCCUGCCAUGUUCUCUCCACUCAAGGUCAUGCCCUCACCUGACUGAGCCACUCUAGCAGCUGGGGACCGGGCCACCCCCAUACUGGCAGGGCUGAUGGCAUCCAUCUUGCUUGAGCCCAUGGCAGUGUGAAAACAGAAGUGUUUCCAGUCCCUGGAUUUCUCAAGAUCAAGGAAAAACUGCUUUGGGGGAGAGGGUGUGAACAUGGAGCAGGCAGACAGGGGCAGAGCUUCCCCAGGACGUUCUCACUACUGGUCUCCCCGCCCUACAGAGGGGCAGGACUCUUGUAUCCCCAGCAGCUGGAAGCCCCUGGGGUUUCCUAGCCCCCUUCUCUGGGCACACACACCACACCCACUGCUGUCCUGGGUUCUCAGCACCCAGGACCUUUUACCCUUUUCCCAUCUGUCAGCCCACUUCUCAGCUGCACCCCAUACCUCUGUUCCCACAGACUGCUGCUUUGGCGGUGUUGGGGGUAGGGCGGGCUCUACUCUUGCUCCUCCCACAUGCAGGUCCCAAGAGCAGAGCUUCUCCGCCACCCCCCAUGCUCCUCAGUGCCAGGUGCCAGGUGAGGUUAGGGCAGGAGUCCCCAUGCCUCAGGACUAUUUAAGGCUAGGAUUUAGUGGUGGCUCUUCUGGGGCUCAGCGGGGAGGGCCUGUCCAUCCUUUGUCCUUCCCGAGCAGCGGUUCUCAGGCAGUGACCUGUGCUGCUGGCGCGGGGCCCAGGGAACUGUUAGCAAGCCCCCCACCGUGUGGUUCUGCUGGAUGCUCCCGCCUGAGCGCCCCCGUGAUGGACCCCCAGUGCCUGCUCAUCCACCCCAGGUUAGCAGCAGCCCUGGGUGUGAGGGAAGAUGGUGGCAGGCAGGUGAAAGGAAGACGGAGAUGCUCACGCACCACAGCCUUCACACCCCACAGGCUCUUCUUACACGGGUGUGCAUGAGAGAACGAGCUCGGGAGUGCACAUGUGCACAGGAGCAGUGGUGUGCGAGCUCACACAUACAGCCUGUCCACCCAGCUCCCUGUAAGAGCUUCUCUCUCAGCUUCUAAAUCUUGUUCAACUUGCAGACUUGCCAUUUAGCCCAAAGAAGCCCCUGCGGUCAGCCUCACCACCACCACCCACCCCGCCCCCAAUCCCAGCUCUUCUACAUCCCGGCUCCCCCCUGAGCCCUAGAGCAGCCACAGCUAAAUCCUAGUUUCAAACAGUCCCAGGCACAGGGUGCCCUGGAGUCUGCACCUGGGGCUACCGAGAGAAAGGGAGGCUCUCUCCGGGCUCCCCUGCAGGAUGUCUGUCAUGGAAGCUGAGAUUAGACGUGGUGGCUAGAACCCAUUAUGCUACUUCAGCAGAGAUGGGUUGGGAUGCUGUUAGGAGCCAGAAUGGGGGCCUUCCCCCUCCACCACCCCUCUGACUCCUGUCCACGCGGGACCCUUCUGUGCUAUGAGAGUCUGCUAUGAGAACCUAAGUUCGGGGCACUCUUCACUCAGGAGCAGCAGACUCGCAGGAAGGAUCCAAUGCACAGUGUGAGCUGUUUGCUAAUAUUAUUAUUAUUAUUUGGUCCCCAGUAAGAAGUCAGAGAAUUUAUGAAGCCAACUGGCCAAGCUUCUGGGGCUGCUUAUAUAAGAAGUUUCCAUGUGGACUCCCGGAACAUGACCCAGCUGUGGCCUCCUGGGUCACACAUGCUGUGUCUUCUGCGAGUAGGAUGUGGGAACAGGUCCCAUGAGCAGUGAUUCCGGCUGCCGCAUCUCAUUCCAUGUAAUAUCCCCACAUUUGAGCCCGGCAGGAAAACAAUCAGUGCCGUUCUUCCCUCCAGGCAUCCUGACUCCGUGACAAUAAGAAAGAUUUGCAGACCUGCUCUUUAACAUACGGUGUUCUUGUGAACCCUGAUGCAGAGACUUGGCAGACAUCAGCGACGUUAUCCCCUUCCGCCAGGCUGCAGUCUCUUCCCGUCUUUCCUUCAGAGGGCACGUUUCUGCUAAGAACAGCAUCUCGCAGCCCCUGUGGCACAGCGAUGAGCCGUCUGUCUGCGGAGUCCCUGUUGACCAGCACGGGAGUCUUGGUCUCCUUUUCACCUUGAGCUAAAGGGACUGAUCCCUUAGGUCCCACCUGUAGCCCACUUGUAGAGCACUGGGCAGAAAGCUCUGCAGAUGGUCUUGGAAGAUUCCCAGGGUGCUGAAGAGUCCAGGACCACUCUGUCUAGUAAGCUCCACACCCUGAUGGACGUGCCUUCGGAUAAGGAGAUGUUCAGCCGUUCGGUUACUAGCCUGGCCACAGACGCGCCUGCCAGCAGCGAGCAGAACGGGAUACUCACCAAUGGCGACAUCCUUUCAGAAGACAGUACUCUGACCUGCAUGCAACAUUACGAGGAGGUCCAGACCUCAGCUUCAGAUCUGCUGGACUCCCAGGACAGCACGGGGAAGCCAAAGUGUCACCAGAGCCGGGAACUGCCCAGAAUUCCUCCUGACAGCGCAGUGGACACGAUGCUCAACGCGAGGAGCGUGGACGGGGACCCGGGCCUAGGGACGGAAGGGCCGUAUGAAGUGCUCAAGGAUAGUUCCUCCCAAGAGAAUAUGGUGGAGGACUGCUUGUAUGAAACUGUGAAAGAAAUAAAGGAGGUGGCAGCAGCCGUGAACCCAGGGAAAGGCCACAGCAGCAGGUCAAAGUCGACUUCCGCUUUGAAAGAGCUUCCGGGGCCCCAAGCCCCCGAGGCGGACUUUGCUGAGUAUGCCUCCGUGGACAGAAACAAAAAGUGUCGACAGAGCGUUAAUGCAGAGACUGUUCUCAGAAAUUCAUGUGACUUGGAAGAGGAGGCCCCACCACCUGUCCCUGUUAAACUUCUGGAUGAGAAUGAAAACCUUCAGGAGAAGGAAGAGAGCAAGACAGCGGAGGAGGGAGCCGCAGAGGGGACCAGCGAAACCAACAAGAGAUUUAGUUCAUUGUCGUACAAGUCCCGGGAAGAGGACCCAACUCUCACAGAAGAAGAGAUCUCAGCCAUGUAUUCCUCAGUAAAUAAACCCGGACAGUCAGGGAAUAAAUCAGGACAGACUCUCAAAGCACCAGAGUCCAGCCAAGGAGCUACUCAGAGAUCCCCCUCUUCCUGUAAUGAUCUCUAUGCUACUGUUAAAGACUUCGAGAAAACUCCAAACAGCAUCAGCACGCUUCCACCAGCAGCGAGACCCAGUGAGGAUCUGGAGCCUGAUUACGAAGCAAUACAAACUCUAAACAGAGAGGAAGACAAGUCCACCCCAGAGACCAAUGGCCAGCGUGGCCUUUUCCCAAAAGAGAAUGACUAUGAGAGCAUUGGGGACUUGCAGCAAUGCCGCGAUAUCACCAGGCUCUAGCAAGCGGGAAGACAAGCCCGCACAACGUAUGCCAGUAGGCUGGGGGCAUUUCUUCUGCGGAGGACAAGAAGCGAAAGCAACCCCUUCUCUGCGUGCUGCUCCAGUAACCCGACGACAACUGAACACAUGGAGACUGUUUCCCAGGGCUGGAAACAGUGAGGUACGUACCGGGACUGCCCCCGAGCGGGCCCCAGGGCCCACCCAAGCACAUCUCCCUCAUGUACCCUCACCUUCUGGAAAGACCCCAGCUGUCUGUGGUUUCACCCGGUGAGUGAGGAAAGCCGAACUGCAAGGAAGAACUGCGUCCAUCAAGAACCACGAUUCCAACUGCCCAAGAUACUGCCAUUCCCAAGAGCCAGGUUUUUCUUCCUUUCUUCCCUUUUUUGCGGUCUGCUCCUCACAUUUAAAUGUAUGGCUUUCUUCCCCCUUGAAAUCGUCUGACUUCUAAUGGUUCAUUCCAAGAAGAUUCUCCCACAAGGCUUGGCCUUUGCCUUCAACUUUGGGGCUUCAAGAUGUAAGAAACUGGUCGCUGGUUACUGUCCGGUGCCUGGUGCUCUUCUGAGAGCCGCACCUGAGGGAACAGGAACCCCCACCCAGUGGGCAGGACUGGGGCUGCCCGCUGAGCUCCUGACACCUUCCUGCCUCCUGAAUUGGGCACUCUACAUCAGCAGCCUCUCUCGAAGUACUUGAAGUCAUUUUUAGAUGCUUUAUUUUAUUUUUCUAGUCAAAGCGGUUCCCCUCCUUCACCCCCUACACACCCAGUAUUUGAAACUCUUCAGAGCCUUUUCAGUAUUUUCAAUGAAUAUUGUGGUACUUCUGUACUUGUUUCAGCCCAGAGCUCAUUCCUCUGAAACAGAGAGCCUUAAUCUCUAUGUUGGGACACAGACCACAUAUCUGGACGGCAGCCAUGGCGUCCGUCUCUGAAGGGCUGUGGACUUGAAUGUGUAUUUCUGAUGACCCCUGCUGCCACACCAACAGUGUGAGAUUUCAUAAGUUAACUGCUACCCUAAGGUAAUCUAUCGAAAAUUAAAAUGUAAACAUUUAUUUUUGUUAUAUAAAUUUAUAAGAUGUUUUAUGUUUAAUGCCUAAUUUCUAGAAAGUGCCAGAAAAAAUGUAUAUUAACUAUUUUGAUUUUAUGUACAAUGAUUUAUACUCUCAUUCUGAAAAAACACCAUAAAGCACAUAAGCUAGAUAAUUACAUGUAGUUGUUAUCUGUUUUCUAAUCAAGUGUUUAAAAUAUUGAAGGUUUUUAAAGACUUGACUUUUCAAAUGGUACUUGGAGCCCUGGUCAAAGUCAUCUGGCUCACUACAGAAAUAAGUGGAAUGGACAUAAAUGACCAUUUUCCGUGAUUUGUGGUGGGCAAUACUGAAAUAUUUGAAAUGGUAAAAAAAAAAAAAAAAUGGAAGAAUGAAAUAUGACUAGGGAUGGCUGCAUUAACCUCAUGAAGGUAUUAUAAUUCCAGUAAGAUUUAGUUACAUUUUUAAGAAAAUUUACAGUGGUGGAUUUUCCAAUCCAGUGCUUGCAAAUGCAAAUUGCCUAUUGGGAUUUUUUUCUUCCCCUUCAUUUUACAAAAAUCAGUGGCUGAGAUAACUCCAAUUAAGAGCUCAGCCUGGUUUGAAUUUAGUCAUCUCUGUAGAUUUUGUAAGGCCAACAUUGGGAAACUUGUUCACUUUUCAUUUGAGAAAGGACCCUGCUCUUAUGCAGAGUCGCUACAGCAAGGGGCCCUUGCUUACGCUGAUUGAAAAAAGAGGCAGUUAUUCUGUACUGCUGUGACAUCUCUGGCUUUUCAGACUGAAUAACCUCACUGUUUUCACUCCUAUGACAAAGGAUGCAGCUGGAGGGUGAAGCAUCUUGCGGACAGUAGGGACCACUGGCCUGUCCUUCCCGUCCCCUGCAUUCAAGGCUUGGUUCUGUGACUGCCUGCAAUUCAUUUCUGCAAUCGAGAAGUGAGCUUUGCCGGGGUAAACUGCUCGGUUGUCAUUAUUUUGCAGUCAGCCUGGUCUCUCCCAUGAAGACCUCACAAGCCUAAGCACAGUCAUCACGGACUAGAAGGAAAUGGCAGAAUAUGCUUGGAUUGGGGGAAAGGUUAUCAGGAAGGUGCCAAGGUCCUCACUCUCUAAAUUCGUAUCUUUCAUAAGCACUGUGUUUGCCUGGUGAUUUUCUUUGCUUACUUAGUAUUGAUGAGUUUGACCCCACGAUCUCUACACCAUGGUGUUUCUUUAGCUCCUGGUGAUGGCGUGUCUCAUGGCAUACCUAGUAUUGUGCUUGCUGCAAUAAUGUCCUUUAUGAGCGUCUGACCACUCAAAGGUUUUCCUGUAUUUCAUAAUGUCUUUACUUAUUGCCAGGGAUGUGGAUAUGAUCUCUAAAGUAUAAAAUCAUUUUUAGAGAGAAAAGUUCUUUAUAAAUAGUCAUAUCAUCUUGAAACUUCAUUAUCAGAAUUUCCCCCAGAAGUUCUGAAAUAAAGGCUAUGCAAUAUAGCCAUAAAAUAUGCACUGAAAUCUCUCUCUUGAGUUGAGGAUCUGUGCUAAGAAUAAGUUGCAAUUUAAAGUAUUAUAAGUAUAUUUUAGAAGAAACUAGAAGGCCCUCCAGUACAAAUCCUAAAAGAAAAAGUAAUAGCACAAUCCAUGAGGGUUGAGGGAGGGAGAAGCAGAGUACACUUCAGGAGCUGGCUCUGCUCUUGAGACUGCUGGGUACCUUACUGAAGCAUUUUCAUUGAUGUAUCAUCGUGGUUUUGACCUGAUAGUACAGCAUUUCAUAAAUUUCAUCACUUUUUACUUUAUUCAUUGGAAAUCUGUGCUAGUCUUUGGGUUGGACAAAAGCCUGUGGUUUCUUGAAAAAAGUUUCAUGUUCAGCUAAAUGUUACAGUUUAAAUGUAUGAAAGAUAAUUAUAAUUUUUUUUUUUCUAUUCAACUUGACAUCUAUAUUAUUUGUAGUUAUCAUUUAGGUUAUGUGAAAUCUCACAAAUAAAAUAAGCUUUAGGAAAUUUUUUUUGUUUGUUUAUAAGUCAGAAUUAUAAACUCAUCUUGCCUAAAAGUAGAAUCUUUGCUAUUUAGUCAGGUAUUUUGAAGUUUUAGAAGAAUUUUUUAUGCUGCUUUCAUGGUUUCUCAAAUGCAGUCAGCAGGAAGGUAUGACCUGUUUUAUGUGAAAUGUUUGAGGAAAUUUUAAAUUCUAGAAGAAAGCAAUUUUUGCUAAUAUGUGGGCCACAUAAAUUUUUUUUUCCGGCCCUGAACUAAAUUACAACAUUAGGUCUAUUAAAGCUUUUGAAAGUACUGCUGUCCUUUGUGGUGAAAAAGCUAAUUACAGAUUUAUCUGCCCUCAAAAUCUAAGAGUUAAUUUUAAUUGAGUGCUAACAAUAGGUAGUCCACAUAAAAAACUAACAUUUAAUCUCAGGAUGUCACUAGAUCUAGUUCUUGUAUUAGACUUUCAUUUUUCUAAUUAGAGCAUUUAUUUACUUUAACCAAUAACAAACUGUGUAUGUGUGUGUAUGUACACUAUAUAUAUAUAUAUUUACAUAUACACACAUAUACAUAUAUAAAGUUCUGGUGCCUGACUAGUGAGGAUACAUCCUAAUAUGUAUUUGGAAUGUCUACCCUAUUAAUGUGAUGACUAUUGUCAUAAAAGCAGAAGAGAAAAAAAGUUAUCCGAUAGUUUUCACUUAGUAAUUAUAAGAAAACCUUCCUAAGUUACCUCAUAUCAUUUUUCUAGUUAAUAAAUUCAGAUUCUAAAUUGCAUCCAUAAUUCUCUUAGCUGAAGAACAGUGGCAUUUUAAAAUAGUUUUCUUAUAUGUGUGGCUCAUUACAUAUUCCACAUGACAGGAGGAAAUGUAAACAGGCAUCCUUCUCAGAGAUCAUGUGGAGAAGAGAUCUGGCAGAAAGCACCAAGAGCCACGUGAGCCAGGAUGGAGCCCAGCAAGGUGACCCCCACUGGGUGGCAGAAGCAGAGCCUGUUCUCACAAGGCUGCGUUUUCUUUCGCUCUCUGGAGAGUUUAGCAAGAGGUUAGCGCAGAGCCAACAAGCGCCAAGGUAGUGUUAUGGACGGAGAUCAGCUCGGCGGUGGGAACGGGAUCAUCACGGAGCCGCAGCUCAAGACUCCAGUAGGAUUUUGUAAAUGAGUAAAUGACAUUUUUUUUCAGUGCUCCUUGUACUAGUUCCUAUAAGCCCGUGUGAUCGAGUGAUGCCAUUCUUCUGCAAGUGUUGGCUUCUGGUCCCCCGCCAGCUUCCUCUGGGUUGCUGGAGGCACCGUCUUGACAGGCUUAUUGUACUGUGUAAUUGAGGAAAGUUAAAGUGUAAUGUUUGCUGUUAAUAAGUGACUGAUGUGAAAAAUAGGAACAUGUGUCUAAAUAUCAAAUAUGGCUUUUUUUUUUUUUGGCAGUGAAAUCUAUAUUCCUUGUCCUGUGGUAGUAUUUUCUUGCUCUGUGUUGUAUCUUUUCUUAACAUCAUUCUUGACAGUGCCAUUGGACAAGCUGAACACACAUAGAAAGUGUCUGACUUAAAGAGAUCAGUACAGAAAACAAGCUAAAUUAGUCUUCAUCUGAAAUUAUGAAAGUAAAUUUUUAAAAGCCAUGGUCCAGAAGAGAAGAAAUAUUUGUAAGUGUUUUUUUCCCCCUACUUCUCAUUUCUAAGUCUGUUUACAGCCCAUCUCUGCUAGUUAUAAAGUAUUCACUGUUUUCCUAGGUGGUUCUUUAUUGAACUAAGAAAUAGUAGUUCAGAUUUCUCCUAAUGCCAUGAUUUUUAUUAAAAAGGCAAUCUUUAAGCAUUCAGUUUGGUAAUCACUUAUCUUAAUGCAUUUAAAUCAGAUUUUUCUUUGCUCACCACUUACGCUAUGGGUAUUUUUUAAAAAUGUGUUGUACUCUGGUUGUCUCAGAUCACCUUAUGUAAUGGAUUAUAAAGGCUGAUAAAUGAUCAUUCUG